AUGUGGAUACCUACAGAAGAGGAGAAAAUCGGAGUUGUGAUCUGCAACUUCCGGUCAUCAACAUGUCAGGCCUUAGUCCUGGAGAUUGGGGAAACUGUACAGAUUUUGGAGAAGAGUGAAGGAUGGUACAGAGGCUUUUCCACCAAGAAGCCUUCUAUCAAGGGGAUUUUCCCAGUCAGCUAUGUCCACUUGAAGAAAUCCACAGUGACCAACAGAGGGCUGUGUGAGACGGUGGUGCCCCUGGAGGACCCCAUCAUCACAGAAACCACCUCCACACUGCAGGAAUGGGGGGUCUUGUGGAAGCAGCUCUAUGUGAAACACAAGGUGGAUCUAUUCCAUAAACUGCGUCAUGUGAUGAAUGAGCUCAUCGACCUGCGCCGGCAGCUGAUCCAGGGUCACCUCGCCCAGGAUCAGACUCGUGAGAUCAAGCGGCACAUCACUGUACGACUCGACUGGGGCAAUGAGCACCUCGGCUUAGACCUUGUUCCCAGAAAAGAGUUUGAAAUGGUGGAUCAGGAUCAGAUCAGCAUAUCAGAGCUACACAAACUGCAUAUAUCCAGCAGACACUGUGGUCAGCAAAGCACAACCCAGGGUGACAGCACGAGACAACGCCAUGGUGACGGUUGCCGUGUCCCUGUGUCACACCAUCUCUUCAUCAACCUGAAGAGCUUUACCUACAACAGCAUCAGCGAGGAUGCAGACGUCUUCUUCUCUCUGUAUGAUACUCGGGAGGCCAAACAGAUCAGUGAGAAGUUCAUGGUGAAACUGAACAAAAAUGGAGGACCAAAGAAUCCAGAGAAGGUUGAUCGUCUGUGUGCUCUCUUCACGGACCUAAGCAGUAAAGACUUGAAGAGAGAUCUGUACAUUGUUGCACAUGUCAUAAGAACUGGUCGAAUGCUGCUGAACGACUCAAAGAAAGGCCCCCCCCAUGUGCAGUACAGACGACCUUAUGGCUGCGCAGUUCUUGCCAUGAGUGACGUUUUCCACACGAUCACAGACCUCAAAGAGGAGAAGGACUUUGUGCUCAAAGUUUACACAUGUAACAAUGAGAACGAGUGGCACCAGAUACAGGAGAACAUCAUCCGCAAGUCCAACACCAAGUACUCCGCUCCCAGCACCAACUAUGGCCUCAUCAUUUCCCUGCAGCUGCUGCGAGGUGAGCUGGAGCAAAUCCGACGGGAGAACCAGGCCGUGUUCAACAGGGCUCUGGCACUCACACGCAAACUGGGUUUCCCAGAUGUCAUCCUGCCAGGUGACACACGCAACGACCUGUAUCUGACCCUGGAGAGGGGAGAGUUUGAGAGGGGCGGCAAAAGCGUCCAGAAGAACAUCGAAGUCACGCUCUACGUACUUUACGCCGACGGGGACACACUCAAAGACUGCAUCAGUUUGGGCAGCGGCGAGCCCAGCUCCAGCGAAUAUCGCUCUUUCGUCCUUUACCACAACAACAGCCCUCGCUGGAGUGAGAUGGUCAAGCUGCCCAUUCCCAUAGAUCGUUUCAGAGGAUCCCACCUACGCUUCGAGUUCAGACACUGCUCCACUAAAGACAAAGGAGAGAAAAAACUGUUUGGCUUUGCGUUCACUCCUCUGAUGAGAGAGGACGGGACCACACUGUCAGAUGAAAGCCAUGAGCUAUAUGUGUACAAGUGUGAUGAAAACGCCACCUUCAGUAACCAGGGUCUGUACCUGAGUCUGCCGUGCUGCAAAGAAGACUUCAACAGCUGCCCCAACCUGCCGGCCAACCUGCCCUUCCAGAGGAGCCCCAAAGAAACCUUCUCGGUCUCCACAAUACUCUGCUCCACCAAACUCACACAAAAUGUGGACCUGCUGGCUCUUCUCAACUGGAAGGCACAUCCAGACAGAGUGUUGGACAUCCUCGGUCGAUUACGUCAGAUUAGUGGAGAGGAGAUUGUCAAGUUCCUGCGAGAUGUCCUGGAUACGCUCUUCUGUCUUUUAGAUGACAACACUGAUAAAUACGGACCGCUGGUUUUCCAGUCACUGGUUUUCAUCAUCAACCUGCUCAGGGACAGCCGUUUCUACCACUUCAGACCUGUCAUGGACGCCUACAUCCAAAACCACUUUGCUGGAGCUUUGGCAUACAAAGAGCUGAUUCGAUGUCUGAAGUGGUACAUGGACCGCUCGGCUGAGGUCGUCCGGCAGGACCACAUCCAGGAAGCCAUGAGGGCUCUAGAGUACCUGUUCAAGUUUAUCGUCCAGUCUCGCAUCCUGUACUCCAGAGCCACCUGUGGGAUGGAGGAGGAGCAGUUCAGAGCGAGCAUCCAGGAGCUUUUCCAGUCCAUCCGCUUCGUCCUGAGUCUGGACAGCCGCAGUUCAGAGAACUUGGUGUUCACGCAGGCAGCACUGUUGAACAGUUUCCCGGAUAUCUUUGAUGAGCUGCUGCAGAUGUUUACCGUUCAGGAGGUGGCCGAAUAUGUCAGAGGCACCCUAGGGAGCAUGCCCAGCACAGUGGACAUCGGCCAGUCCAUGGAUGUAGUCAAACUGCAGUCCAUCGCUCGUACAGUGGAGAGCCGCCUCUUCUUCUUCCCUGAGUCUCGUAGUAUUCUGCUGCCGGUGGUUCUGCAUCACAUCCACCUGCAUCUGCGCCAGCAGAGGGAGCUGCUCAUCUGUUCUGGGAUCCUUGCUAGCAUCUUUGCCAUCAUUAAGACUAGCUCAAUGGAGUCUUCUGUUCAGGAGGAAGUGGAGAUGAUGGUGGAGAGCCUUCUGGAUGUGCUGCUGCAGACCCUGCUGUCCAUCAUGAGCAAGUCUCACUCUGUGGAGACGUCCAGAGGCCAGCGCUGCCCCCAGUGCACGGCGGAGAUAACGGGGGAGUAUGUUUCCUGUCUUCUCUCUCUGCUGCAGACGAUGUCAGAGCUCCACUUUCACCAUCUACUCAACAACUUCCAUAGCAAAGAGGAGUUAAAGGAGUUCCUGUUGAAGAUCUUCUGCGUGUUCCGCAAUCUGAUGAAACUGAAUAUCUUUCCCCGAGACUGGAGCGUCAUGAGGCUUCUGACUAGUCACAUCAUCGUAGUGACAACACAGUUCCUGUCUCCCGCGCUCCACAAGAACUUCUCUGAGGCUGACUUUGAUUUCAAGGUGUGGAACUCGUUUUUCAGCCUCACUGUGCUGUACAUCAACCAGCCCAGUCUGCAGCUGGAGGCACUCGGCCCGGCAAAGAGAAAGAAAAUCCUGGACAAGCAUGGAGAUAUGAGAGUCAUGAUGGCUUAUGAGCUCUUCAGCAUGUGGCAGAAAUUAGGUGACAACAAGCCCCACUUCAUCCCAGGAAUGAUGGGUCCCUUCCUCGGCGUCACCUUGGUGCCUCAGACCGAAGUACGAAAUAUUAUGAUCCCAAUUUUCCACGACAUGAUGGAUUGGGAGCAGAGGAAAAACGGCAACUUCAAACAGGUGGAGGCAGAGCUGAUGGAUAAACUGGACAGCAUGGUGUCAGAUGGGAAAGGCGAUGAUAACCACAGAGAGCUCUUCAGCCUUUUGACCAUGCUGUUUGGGCCUUAUCCAAGCCUGCUGGAGAAGAUAGAGCAGGAGACCUGGAGAGAGACGGGGAUCUCAUUUGUCACAUCAGUCACAAGACUUGUGGAGCGAUUACUGGAUUACAGGGACUGCAUGAAAGGAGAUGAGAUGGAGAACAAGAAAAUUGGCGGUUCCGUCAACCUCAUGAAUUUUUACAAAUCAGAGGUCAACAAGGAGGACAUGUACAUCCGUUACAUCCACAAGCUGUGUGACCUGCAUCUCCAAGCAGAGGACUUCACAGAGGCAGCGUUCACCCUGCUACUGUACUGGGAGCUGCUGCAGUGGGAGGACCGGCCCCUGAGGGACUUCCUUCACUACCCCUGUCAGAGCGAGUGGCAACGCAAGGAGAACCUGAGUCGUAAAAUCCUCCACUACUUCAACAAGGGCAAGUGCUGGGAAUAUGGGAUCUCUCUCUGCCGGGAGCUGGCUUUCCAGUACGAGACUUUAUAUGAUUAUCAGAGCCUCAGCUGGAUACGGAAAAUGGAGGCAGCGUAUUAUGACAACAUCAUCGAGCAGCAGAGGAUCGAGCCGGAGUUCUUCAGAAUGGGCUUCUAUGGCAGGAAGUUUCCUUUCUUCCUCAGGAACAAGGAGUUUGUCUGUCGUGGUUAUGACUAUGAACGGCUCGAGGACUUCCAGCAAAGGAUGCUGGGGGAAUUUCCACAAGCCAUUGCCAUGCAGCAUCCGAACCAACCAGAUGACACCAUCCUGCAGAGUGACGCUCAGUACUUGCAGAUCUAUGCAGUGACUCCAGUGUCAGACAUCUCUGAUGUGCCUCAGCUGGAGCGUGUGCCCGAGAGGAUCAAGAGCUUCUACCGCAUAAAUAAUGUCAGCCGCUUCCACUAUGACAGGCCUUUCCACAAGGGGCCCAAGGACCGCGAGAACGAGUUCAGGAGUCUCUGGAUUGAGAGAACGACCCUGAUCCUCUCCCGUCCUCUCCCCGGGAUCUCCCGCUGGGCCGAGGUGGAAAGGAGAGAAGUGAUGGAGGUGAGCCCUCUGGAGAAUGCCAUUUAUGUGGUGGAGAAUAAAACCCAGGAGCUUCGGACUCUGAUCAGCCAGUACCAACACAGACAGCAUCAUGGCAACAUCAACCCGCUCAGCAUGUGCCUAAAUGGGGUCAUAGAUGCUGCUGUGAACGGAGGCAUCGCCAGAUAUCAGGAGGCCUUCUUUGAUAAGGACUACAUCAGCAGUCACCCAGAAGAUACAGAGAGGAUCACUCAUCUAAAGGAUCUGAUGCAGGAACAGGUGCACAUUCUGGGAGUGGGGCUGGCUGUUCACGAGAAGCUGGUGCAUCCAGAGAUGCGUCCUCUGCACAAAAAGCUGGUAGAUCAGUUCCACAUGAUGAGGACAGGUUUACACCAUGGUGUGCCUGGUGUGGAUCGGUUUGGCGCUGCAGGCUGCCCGGGGGUUAACUCUCCCAGAGGCAUCCUUUCCUCCCACAGCCACAUGAGCCCUGAGAGCGUCCGCCUCAUACACAGACACAGCCCUCUGAGCCUCCAGGGAUCGAUCCGUCACUCGUCCUCCUCUCUGUCCUCUCACACAUCGAGUGAGGCAGGAGGAAACCUUGUCCUAAUGAACGAUGGCAUGAUGGGAGAGCACUCUGAGGAUGCGUUACACAUGCAGCCAAGCCCCUCCUCCUCCAGCCUGAGCUCAAUCCGCUCCAAUUCUUCCCAGAUUAUUAACUCUGCUCCCUCGAGUGCCAGAGGAUCCCCAUCCUUGCCCGAUAAGGCCAAACACAACCGGGAGGUGAUGAUCCUGUUGCCGUCUCAUCGUGAGAGGACCAGCAACAUGUACUACAACAUGGCAGAGAAUGGACAGAACAACCACAUGCAGCGGGCUUUACUUCAGCAAAUUAGCCCCUGCAAGCCGUGUGCUGAUCCUCACAUGAAUCUGCCAGAGAAAGUCUUUCCCAACACUCCCGGCAGCUGGAGUCUGGACGGGGAGAACAGGGAGCCGGUGUCCUACAUGCCGACUUCUACUGGAGGGGUCAUAAUGCCGCCCGUGCCCCCCAGGUCCUUCCCCCCAGGACACUUCCUGAUGCACUGUGAUGCGUUUCACCACCAGAACAGCGACCCCCCCCCUGCCCUGCCCAUCCGUUCACUUCGGAAGUCUCCUCUCCACCCGAUCCCCGGCUCCCCCACCAGUCCUCAGUCAGCUCUGGGGGGUAGUAACUCCACUCUGUCAGGCAGCGCCAGCAGCGGGGUUUCCUCUCUGAGUGAGAGUAACUUUGGAGGCCAAUAUCCGGACCCCGGCCCUAUCAGGAACGACGCCUUGGAGCCUCUUCCCAGUCACCUGUGGUCCCCCCCUGAUGAGUACCUGGCCUCUCCCUACCUGCACAUUCACUACGGCGGACCAGAGAUUGAGUCCGUGGACCCUGUCCGCCCUUUCCACUACCGCAGCCCUUCAUCACACCCGCACAACCACCAGCACCCUCACACUCACGCCCACCCAGGACUGGACAGCCACUCCCACGGGCUCCCGCCCCACCACCACGCUCCCACUCACGGCCCCCACCACAUCCCUUACCGCAGGCCUCAGCCUCCAGCCGUGCCGCCCAAACCCUACCUGAGAGAGGGCUGCAUCCCAGAGGAGGACCUGCCGCCUCAGCCCAUCCCGCUGCCCCGCAGGAUCUUCCACUCCCCGCACGGCCACCGUGAAGACCAGGGGAAACACCCCUGGGAGCAGUGCAUCAGCGAGGAGCACGAGGAGGCCCAGUGAUGACGAGGGUCCGCUAUACUUCAGUUAGAGCUUUCUUCUUCCCUUCAUUUGCACUGAGUUAAAGGCAGUUACAGGGAGAUUCGUUAGUGAAGCGGUGAUCUGUGUUUAGAUGACACUUCUCGCUUUAAUUUCAGUGCACAUGAAGGAAAGAAAAGAGGGGAUGAACCUCCACAAAUCUACAGCACGAGGCUCUGUCACUGCUCCGUGUGGCCUCUUAGAUAUAAUUAAAAGAAAUGUAUCUGUUAAACAAAAGACAGAUUGACUUUGUUCAGAAAUUGAUAUUGAUUGUACAAAAUUGUACAACUUGUCUGUGAGCAUGUUUUUUCAUUUGAGAAUAAUAAGACAACAGUUUUGUGAAAAAUGACGACCAUGAUCAUAACCAACAUGAUCCCAGGUGCAGUUUGAGCUCUGAACUCCCUUAAUUUAGCUUUUUCAUGGCAUUUUCACAACACGAGGAAACACCCGAAGGUUAUAAUUCAAAGGGAAGGGACUUCUCUGCUUUAAAUGCUUCAUAUAUAUGAAUUCUUAUUUUGAUAAUAAAUACAUAUUACAUUAUAGUGUUUUCAAAGGCUUAUGUCCAUAAUGUUUUUCGAAACACUGUUAAGUGCUCCUUAAUAGUGUAUCAUAUCAAAUGGCGCACUCUGACACAGGUUGCUGUCAGGCUUUCAUGAAUCGCAAGUCUCUAAGACUGGCCCGGCAUCUCAAGGGACACGAACUUCAGUCACAGACAAUUUCCCAUCCGUACCUUGGCGUACGGAAACCUCCGUGAAUGUAUUCAGACGAGAUGUUCUAUUUGUAUUGCACAAGCUGCAAUGCUGUUUUUGUUUAAGUGCUUUAAGUUCAGUCUAUGUUGAAGAAGUCUCUAUUUGUCUCUUUUGUGUGACAAAGAUAUCUGGAGAGGAAGGAGAGGGGAAACUGAGGACAUUGACAGACAGGUUCCAAACUAGUCAUGUUCCCCAGAUGGAGAACUCUCCACAUCUCAAGCUCCUGCUGGACUCUGUAAAGCAUUCUCUCCCUCCAUCGUUACCCUUCUCUGUGUGGUUGUCAGACCAUGUUACAAAGCAGUGAGGGCUGAACCUGGACAGCAGCAGUGGUCCUGCGUUGCGUCUGAUGACACUGUCUAGACCCCCGCCCACUGAGCUGCCAGACAAGGAGCCCACUCAGACAGCGUUGGAAUCGCCUACCUGCCUUAAGUGCACUCAAAUGCAGUUUGACCUCUCAUCUGGACUGUGAGAAGCUCAUUUAGCGACAGUCCUUCUCCUUUUCAUUCGGUUCUCUAUACGCUCCCUGAAGGAAAAAAAAGGAUAUCUACCUAGUGAUGUUUUGUAUGGUUUCGUCCAGCUUUGGUUUCAGGUUGUUGUUUGGUUUGUAGCGCUAAUAAUUCUUAUUCUGCCUGCAGCUCUUUCUCAAUCACCUUCUGUUGUGUGAAAACUAAUGAUGUGUUUCAGAAGAACGCUGAAGCCCUGACAGAAAAGAGAGAUUUACUUUUUGUGGAGCAGAGAACAGCGCUGUUUAUCACGAUAUAGUGGGUUGGAAGGAUAUAGCUAAUAUUUUAACAAUUACUUGUUUUCCUGGUUGUUGCUUUUUUUGCAGGUGGAUGCUUUGUGUUACUGUACAUCAAGUUGUCAGCUGACUAGACAACAUCUAUUUUUGUAUGUGAGAUCAUCAGUUGUGUGAACAUAUUUCAGAAGCCGUACCACAACAGAAGGCCCAGGUACUGCAUCAGCUGCUGUACUUUGUAUGGAGAUGAACCUGAGGUUAGAUAUAUAUGUGAGUAUCUCUUGUGAGCCUGAGGGCACUGAGGAUAACUGGUGACUGAAGUGAUACUCAAAAUAUAGGUACAAUAGAAUUUUUCAAUGUAAAUUCUGUUAUUGUACAUACAGCAGUAUUGUGAAAUAUUUUUGAGAAUUAUUGCAGACGCCCAAAAAAGGUUUAUCGUUGUUUGUGUAUAUACAUGUAAUCCAGAGAUCAGUGUAAUUGAUAAAUAUCUAUAAUCAGUGUUUGAAAAAGGACAAAUCCAUUAGACUGUGGCUGUCUCCACCGUUCUUGACUUUGAGUCUUCUCAUAUAAAUACUUUAUACACUUUUCAAUGUGCUUUCCUGUACAUAUGGUGUUAGCAUGAUCAAACAGUGUUUGGUUGUAAAAGUGGUUUUCCUACUCCCAUAAACUGCUGUGGUAUGGAAUUCAUUAACGAUGCCAAACAUUAAAGACAAUCUUUUAUCAGCUCUAA